AUGUGUAUGAAAGUGGGUCAUCUCAAGCUCACUUCCUCUGACUCCCCACCCCCGGCGACCGGACCCCGCCCAUGCCUCUCCGCUGCUGGCCUCGACGGCUGCCUCCUCCUUCAGCUUCCUCCAGGCGAGUGGAUACCACGCGGCACUCGCGGAGGGCUAGGUGACCCAGCGGGAUGCGCCAAGGGAGGUGGAGGGGCGGAUCUCGUCUCCACUGGAUCCGCUGCCGUGGCCGCCACCACCGGCAUUCGGUGGCUCUGCGUCGGCCUCCUCUCCGCCACCGACGCCGUCUGCCGCAGUAAGCCCCCUCCCACAUCAGCUGUCUUCAACGUCCCUGGCCAUGCCGGCAUCCCGCUGGCCGGGCUCACUACCGACGGACGGUUAUCUCCGGCUUCCUCCCCUGCAAGUGCAUCACCCACGGCUUCGUCUACGACUCGCUGCUCGACAAACGCAGCAGGGGCACAGGAAGCAGCCGAACCUGAACCUGAAGAAAUUGCAGAUGUGUGCAUGCGGCAGGACCGCAGGAGCCUGUCUCCACGUUGACAGGCGUUCAGGGCUGGCACGGGUGCCGGCUGGAGCAUGUCCGUGCGUUCAAGGAAGUUCAGUGUAGCCUCCCAUAGAGGCUAUGUUGGCGCUCUUAUGGGACGGCAGCGGGCGGCCCCGGGAGUGCUACAGAGCGGGCGUGGGUGCCGGCGGGAGCCUGUCCGCGCGUUUAGGGACGUGCAGCGCGGCCUCCCAUGGAGGCUAUGUCAAGGCUCUUGUGGGAUGGCAGCGGCAGCGCCGGGAGUGCUGCAGAGCGGGCGCGGGCGGGAGCCUGUCCCCGCGUUCAGGGACGUCCAGAGUUGUCUUCCAUGGAAGCUAUGCUGGAGCUCUCGUGGAACGACAGCGGGUGGCGCCGGGAGUGCUGCAGAGCGAGCUCGGGCGCCGGCGGGAGCCUAUCCCCGCGUUCAGGGGCGUCCAGUGCUGUUUUCCAUGGAGGCUAUGGUGGAGCUCUCGUGGAACGGCAACGGGCGGAGCCGGGAGUGUUGCAGAGCGGGCGUGGGCGCCCACAGGAGCCUGUCCCCGCAUUCAAGGGGCGUGCCCGGUGGCCUCCCUCUAGAGGCUAUGGCGGAGCUCUCGCGGGACGGCUGUGGGCGAGUGGGAGCGCCGCGGCAGCGAGCGGCGGUUCGCUUCUGGAUGUUGUCUGCCCCGUUAAACACGGAGAGGCUGUGGAGCGUUGGAUUUUCUGGUUGGAUGGCCAAGAUGGGUUGGAUCAGACCCUCUGGGUCUUUUCUUAGUA